ACCAAAUUGAAACACACACAAAAAAAACAUCCAUUUCUCUACCCAAAAAAAGAAAUGGAUUGGACUAGAGGCCACAUCAUAGGCCACGGCGCCUCCGCCGCCGUCUCGAUCGCCGUCUCCUGCCUCUCCGGAGACGUAUUCGCCGUGAAAUCGGUCGAGUUAAGCCGGUAUGAGUCCGUACAAAGGGAGCAAAAGAUUCUCUCCGGCCUCAAUUCACCUCACAUAAUUGGCUACAGGGGAUUCGACAUUAGCGUAGAGAACUCUGCAGCCGUGUUCAAUUUAAUGAUUGAACACGCCCCGGACGGAUCGCUGUCGGACGCGAUCCGCCGCGGCGGUGGCCGCCUCCCUGAGCCGGCCAUCCGCCGCUACACUCAAGGGAUUACUAAAGGAUUGGACUACUUGCACUCGAGGGGAAUAGUGCAUUGCGACAUCAAAGGGAGCAACGUGUUGCUAGUCGGCGGCGCCGCCAAAAUCGCGGAUUUCGGCUGCGCCAAGGCGCGGACGGAAUCCGCAAUCGGCGGAACCCCGCUUUUCAUGGCGCCGGAGGCGGCGCGUGGGGAGGAGCAGGGGUUCGCAGCCGACGUGUGGGCGCUCGGGUGCACGGUCAUCGAGAUGGCCGCUGGCCGCGCGCCGUGGCCGAACGCGCCGGAGACGCUCCGCCGGAUCGCGUUUUCCGGCAAGGCGCCGGAGUUUCCGGCGUCUCUGUCGGAAAUUGGGAAGGAUUUUUUGAGCAAGUGUUUGAGGGUUGAUCCGAGAGAGAGGUGGACGGCGGAGGAGCUGCUCCGGCAUCCGUUUCUCGGCGAUAUUCGGGAAGAGAAAUUGGCCGGAGAUUCUGAUUCUCCGACGAGUAUUCUUGAUCGGGGGAUUUGGAGCUCGGUUGAGGAAUCUUCACAUGAUUCGACUGAGAUGAAUUUUGCAGAAUUUUAUGAGUUGUGUAAGAAUUCAAGAAGUGAAGAGUGGGAUUGGACGGAGAGGUGGAUGACGAUUAGAGACGGUGAAAGCGUUGAUUUUGGCAGUGAAAGUAGAUUUCAGUGUGAAGAACAGAGCUUUUUUUUACUUAGUUGAAAAGUUUGGGGAGAUGUACAUAGUUUUUAGUGUAGGAUCAAUUUGAUUUUUGGAUUAAUUGGUACUCACUUUUUUGAUUUUUCAGUUCAAUUCUUGUCUUAUUCUAUUUUUAAUUAAGCAAAUAAUAGGAAAAGAUUUGGUCGGCUAAUGAUUCUGUUGCAGAGCAGAGCAGAGGAACUAGAAUUUUC